CUUCGGGGCUUGGUCACUGCCCUGCUUCAACUCGGCUGCCUUGCGUCCCAUUACCUUACUUGAGGGCAGUGUCUUUCGUUCGAUCCAUACCCUCUGUCAUCUCUCCUCAAAUUAAAUUGAAAAGGGCAACAAAAUGGCACCCCCGCCGACAAUCACAACGAAGCUCAAGGUCCAGCUCAAGCUGGCCAUCGCACGGUUGCGUAUGGUUCAACAGCGCGACGAGUCCAUGUCCAAGACGCAACGACGCGCCAUGGCGCAGCUCCUCGAGGUGGGCAAGAUAGACUCUGCGCGCAUUCGCGUCGAGAACAUUAUCCGAUCUGAUAUCACGACCGAAUUGCACGAGAUACUGGAGCUGUACUGCGAGCUUCUGAUCGCGCGAGCGGGGCUACUAGAGGGAUCGACAUGUGAUCCGGGUCUGGAGGAAGCGGUCAAGAGCAUCAUCUACGCCGCGCCCAAGACGGAGAUCAAGGAGCUGCAGGUGGUGCGGACGCUGCUGGGCGAGAAGUACGGCAAGGAAUUUGUUCUGUCAGCGAUGGAGAAUUCGGACGGCAAGGUCUCGGAGAAGGUUGUCAAGAAGCUGAGCGUUACACCGCCGAGGGAGGAGCUCGUACAAGGGUAUCUGGAGGAGAUUGCGAAAGCAUACAACGUCGACUGGCCGAGGCGGCCCCGCACCGAAGAGCAGCCCGACCUGCUGGACGAUGAUGAUGAAGACAGUCCGAGCGGUGGAAUCGGUGUGAGGAUACCCGAGGGCAACAGCUCGAAGCUGGCCCAAGAGCAGGAGGAGCUGAGCAAAGCCACGCCGCCGAGGACGAUUGGGGUGCCAAGCAGUCCCUUAACCGUAACGCCGCCCAGGAUGACGACGGAUAAUAUCCACCCCAAAGUGACGCUGAACUCAUUGGAGCUGAAGCCGAAUAAGAAGAUGGACGCGGCGGCGCAGAAAAAACCCAACUCUCAGGGUCCGGAGGGCAGCGUGCCUGACAUCACCGAGUUGGAGAGGAGAUUUGCAGCUCUGAAGAGGUGAAAUUGAUACCAUUUACAGGCCAGAGAUUGGGCAGUUUGAUUUUAGAGGCAGCUGUAGCGAGACUGUAGGACAUGCGUCUUUCAGUACGGUGUAGGCAUGGCGUGGAAUUAA